AUGGCAGACGGGAAGCAGUCCGAGGUGGACCACGCCUCACUACAUCACGAACACCGCGCCGGCGACCUGGAAGAUGUGCCGCCAAAGCUCUCUCUCGAAGCCGAGAGGCGCGGGCUGCAGCCGCCGCCCAUUGUCGCGGCCAUGUCGCAUGAAUACCGCGUCGAGCUUGAGAAGAAGCUGAAGCGCAAGGUGGACAUUCGCUUGCUUCCCAUGAUUGUUCUUAUGUACAUCUUGAACUACAUUGACAGGAACAACAUCGCCGCGGCGCGUCUGGCGGGUUUGGAGCGGGAUCUCAAUCUCGACCCGAAUUCGAACCAGUUCCAGACGGCUGUGAGUAUCUUGUUUGUCGGAUAUCUUCUCAUGCAGGUGCCUUCGAAUCUGUUUCUCAAUAAGAUUGGGAAGCCUGCGCUGUACCUGCCAACAUGUAUGGUAAUCUGGGGCGUCAUCUCCGCCGCGACAGCCGCCUGCCGCAACUACGCAGGCCUCCUCGUAAUCCGCUUCGUCCUCGGCUUCGUCGAGGCCGCUUACUUCCCGGGCUGCCUGUACUACCUCUCCUGCUGGUACACGCGCGAGGAGCUCGGCCUGCGCACGACAAUUCUCUACACAGGCUCCCUCAUCUCGGGCGCCUUUUCGGGCCUCAUCUCGGCGGGUAUCACGGGCAACAUGGACGGCGCGCGCGGGCUCGGCGCCUGGCAGUGGCUGUUCCUCAUCGAAGGGGUCGUGACCGUCGGCGUUGCGUUUGCGGCCUUUUUUGUGCUGCCCAAUUUUCCGCGGACGACGUCGUGGUUGAGCGAGGAGGAGACGGCGCUCGCGGUCUGGAGGCUGGAGGAGGAUAUCGGCGAGGAUGAUUGGAAGAAUAGCGGGGAGCAGACGUUUUGGCACGGGUUCAAGACGGCGUUGGAGGAUGUCAAGACGUGGAUUCUGUUGGUCCUCAUCUUCUGCAUCGUCGCCUCGGCCUCCAUCACAAACUUCUUCCCCACCGUCGUCCAGACCCUCGGCUACAACUCCGUAAUCUCCCUCCUCCUGACCUGCCCGCCCUACGUUCUCUGCGUCAUCACGACCUGCAUCAACGCCUGGCACGCCGACCGCACGGGCGAGCGCUACUUCCACAUUGUCGUGCCCCUCUGCGUCGCCAUGGCGGCCUUCAUCCUCGGCGCCGCAACGCACGCGACCGCCCCGCGCUACGUCGCCAUGAUGCUUCUCGUUCCCGGCGUCUACACGGGCUACACCACGGCGCUGGCCUGGAUCAGCAACACCCUGCCGCGCCCUCCCGCCAAGAGAGCCGCCGCGCUGGCGUUUAUAAAUGCCGUUAGUAACUGCAGUAGUAUUUACGCGAGUUACUUGUACCCCAAGAAGGAUAGCCCGCAGUACACGGCGGCGUUUAUUCACAACUGCGUUGCGUGCUUUAUUGCCAUUUGCGCGGCGACGGUAUUGAGGUUUGUGUUGGUGGGGUUGAAUCGCAAGUUGGAGAGGGGGGAGCACGUCGAGGGGGCUAUCAAUGCUGCGCCGGGAGAGGCGGCGGCGCAUGGAUUCCGAUUCAAGAUAUGA